AUGUCAUCAAUUACUAGAUUCACCAAUUGUCAUUUAAUUGAUAAUGGGAAAUUAUAUCAAAAUACUGAUUUAUAUGUUGAUAAUAAUACCCAAAAAAUUAUUGCAAAACCAAGUAAUCUUAAUCAAUAUGAGAUCACCGUAAUAGAUUUAAAAGGUGAAAUAUUAGCACCUGGUUUCAUAGAUAUUCAAAAUAAUGGAAUUUAUGGAUUAAAUUUUUCAAAUUUAAAUUCAAAUUCAACAGAAGAAGAUAUAAAAGAAUUUAAAAGAUUUUAUAAAGAUGCAAUGAAAAAAUAUUUAUCAACUGGUGUUACUUCAUUAUGUCCUACUGUAACUUCAAAUUUUCCAGAUGUUUAUACUAAAGUAUUACCAAUAUACAAGAAAUCAAGAUUAAAUAAUCAAUGUGAUUCAUUAGGUGCACAUUUAGAAGGUCCUUUUAUAAAUAAAGAAAAAAAAGGUUGUCAUCCAAUUGAAACUUUUGUUGAUGCAAAUCCAAAAGAUAAAUCACCAGAAUCAAAAUUAUUAGAAAUUUAUGGUGGUGAAAAAAAUUUAAUUGAUAAUGUUUGUAUUAUUACUGCUGCUCCUGAAAUUCCUGGUAUUUUGGAUUUAAUACCAAUUAUUACAAAAAAAUUAAAUUUAAUUUAUUCAAUUGGUCAUACAAUGACUGAUUAUAAUAUUGGAUUACAAGCAAUAGAUAAUGGUUGUACAAUGAUUACUCAUUUAUAUAAUGCAAUGCCUCAACCUCAUCAUAGAGAUGCUGGAGUUGUUGGAUUAAUAAAUACUCCAGAAGUUUCUUCAGAAAGAAAUUUACCAUAUUUUGGUUUAAUUUGUGAUGGAGUUCAUGUAAAUCCUUCAAUGGUUAAUUUAGCUUAUAAAUCAAAUCCAAAUAAAUGUGUAUUAGUAACUGAUGCAAUGCAUUUAAUUGGUUUAUCAAAUGGUUCUUAUAAAUGGGAUAAUCAAAUAAUUAUAAAAGAAGAUGAUAGAUUAUAUUUAAAAGGUACUCAAACAUUAGCAGGUGCAUUAACUACUUUACCUCAAUGUAUAAGAAAUUUAAUGAAAUGGUCAAAUAUUUCAUUACAAGAAGCUAUAAAAACUUGUACAAAUAAUGCUGCUGAUUCAAUUGGUUUAUCUCUGGAAAAGGGGUUUUUAAAUAUUGGUUGUGAUGCUGAUUUUGUUAUAUUGAAUCAUAAAGGUUUUGUUACUAAAAUUUUUAAAUUAGGUAAAGAAUUUAAAUCAAGUGAUAUUAAUUAUGAUAUUGAUUAUCCUAUUUAUGUUGAAAAUGGUAAUAAAAAUAAUAAUGAUAAAGGAGUUAGUAGUGAUAGAAUUUCUGCUGUUUUAUAG